AUUUUUCAUUGUGAGGAUAAAAUAAUUGCCGUACCAUUUUGUGAUUUAGAUCUCCGUUGGAGAUCGACAAGAAACUUCGGGUAGAGGAAUACUUGCCGCACUGACCUGCUCUGGCGUGCAACUGGUCCUCUCAUGUUGUAAUCUUGUCAUUGUUAGUGGUAUUGGAGCGUCGUCCGACCAAAGACCUCGUGCUGGGGCUUGUGCUAUGCACAACAGAAAACAUCAUCAUCAGAACGUUGUUGGCUUUGAACAGUCACAUGUUGUCGAAGAAAUUGUAGCGUUUCCUUCACCAAAAGCAGCUGAUGCAAAAAUCAUGCACAACAGCUGCAACAUACACACGGUCUUUGCUUUGCUACUAGCUGUUUCGCAAUGGGAAGAUACAGGAUUAGCACAUGACGUGCUCAAUGGCUAG